AUGGUGUUCAUCUUCGGAGUUAACUUCAACGAGCAGAAGCUCGUCAAGUCCUUCUACGCACUCGGGCCACAAACAGCGGACCGUAUUUUGGCGAAAUACUCGAUUUAUCCGGGGGCGAAGAUGGGCACACUGCCGCCCAAAACUCUCACAGCCCUGACGGCCGAAUUGUCGACGAUGAAUAUCGAAAGCGACGCCAGGAGAGUGCUCCAAGACAACAUCAAGCGGUUGCGUGAUAUGGGGACAUACCGCGGUAGGCGGCACGCCAUGGGACUGCCGGUGCGCGGCCAACGGACAAGGAACCAGAUCGAGACGGCCAGGAAACUCAACAAGGUCGAGCGGCGGGGUUAG